AUGAGCUCACCGAAGCAGGACAGUGCCGCGGCAUUCGGGCGCAGCACCAUGAUACAGCGGUCUCCGCCAGCGAAGGAUGCGAAUAGCGCGAUGCCGCCGGUUAAGGCGUCCACGGCCAAACCAGCGGCGCCAUUCGUGCGCUGCCAAGUGGCCAAAUCGUCGAAGAGCGAUGGCCUCCUUAAGGCACUGUUCGAGUCAACGGACCGCAUCAUUGCGGUUGCUAAGACCCGCCAGUUGGGGCCGCUGCUGGAGAUAUACCAGCUAGCGAUUCAGCAGCUGGAGGACCUCAGAAUCGUCCAGGCUGCCAUACGAAAGGUAGGGGUCCAUGGAGAUGUGGAGCGGGCGGCAGGUCCGGCAGGUGCGGCAACGGCGCUACAGGAUGGGUGGCGAGCCGCUGCAACCCACACCGUACAACAGCGGAGUGACGUCGGGGUCCAGACGGCGUCCCCGGCCCAGGCGGAAUUAGCAGUCGCUGCUACGCCGCUCUCGGGAUUGGGCACCCCCAGCGGGAAGCGACAGAGGAGCUCUCCGGGAGAUGCCAGCACCUCCACGAAGAGAAAUUGCAAGGAGUCGGCUGCGGCAAAGAGGCUCGUGAAGCCAACAACAGCGAUGGCGACAGCAGUCACGCCCGCCUGUAGACAACCGGGGGUCACGACCACGAAGCCAGCGGCGGCGGUGCCAGCGGCUUUAGUGGCGGUUCCAGCUGCAGAUCCAGUGACGACGGAGCCAGUAGUUGCAAAACCGGUGACGCAGGCAGCGAAGACAAGCGAAGCUGGAGAGCAGGACAGCUUCACCGUGGUGAAGUCCAGGCGGAGGGAGAAGAAGAAGGUGUCUGCGAGCACCAGGCAAGCGGUCCGAGGAGGGAAGGUAGGGAAUCCAGCCCGUCAGCCGAUCAGAGGGGACGCUCUGCUGAUCAAAGCGGAGAAGGACGAUCUGUAUGCGGGGAUCUACGAGGCACUUAUAGCCUCUGAAAGCACAAAGGAGCUCGGCGAGCAUGUCCGCGAG